AUGCAAUCCGAAAAAAGUGAGAGGAGAAGUCCAACCCCUCUUUCUUGGGCUAAACAGGAGGGAGCAGUGCUGGUGGCCGAUGCCGGGGAAGAAACUACCGAUGUAGAAGAAGUCAUUCCUACCUUUGAGUUCGAGGGGUUUGAAGAACGAUCACAUUCAAUCGCUGCUAAAUGGACUCCCAGCAUCCCUGUAGCAAAUCUAUUCAACUUUGUGCCGGAGUUUAUCCCCUUCCCGGCCGACUGUGAUCUGGAAACUGCACCGGCCAUUAUGAAGAAUAUGUUGCAUGGUCGUCGUGAGCUACCAGAAUGUACCAUUCCUCCAGAUGAUGCGGCUCAGGGUGACUUCGCACCUCGCGCCUUGGGGACUGUCAACGCUCGCGGAAAGAUUCUUCGUGAGUUUACUCAAUUUACGCUCUGUGCCUAUGCAUGGGCUUUUCCAACUGCAUCAUUUCUUUUUCUGUGUAUCUCAUUACUCAGUCAAAACCUCGUUGGUUCCGAAUAUGCAGCCUACGCUGAAAACCUAUCGGAAUCCAUGUCUGAAGUACCGUUCUCUGACCACGUAAUCAGCAUUAUAACUAAAAAGAAGCAGAAAGAGGACAGUAAACAGAAGUCAAAAAGGCGUAUAGAACCGAUUGGUUUAGAAGCCAUCCGGCCAAGUCGUCCGGCCAUAGCCCAACUUGAUCCGCUGUGUGAAUUCGACGACACGGACCUGUUGCCCGACUCCGAGAACCCAAGGGAUCACAUAAAAAGCAGAAGUGAGAUGAGAAAGAGGACAAGGACGGAGCUGCUGUCCAAGAUAAGGGAGAGGGUUGCCGCUAGGGAAGAGGAGAAGGCGCGUCUGAUGUCCUACAUUAUGAACAAGACUCCUGUCUCCCCGACUGGCAGCAGUGCGGAAAAGAGUCAGAAACUCAUGCCGACGGAUGAAGUGAAGAUGGUUGUGUCCAAAUUACGGGCUAUUUACAAAGAUGAUCGAAAGCUGGCUACAGUGCUGGUUCAGGCCCUGGAGAAAAAUGAAAUCGCAGUCAAAAAGCUGCAGAGCUAUGUGGGCACUAAAGACGACUUCACCGGCUUCAUGAACUCCAUUUUUAGUCCUGAAUGGGUCUUUAUGUUCCUGACAAUGUUCUUGGGCUCUGAGAAGGCCGUGCUGGAUUGCAUCGACCUGCUGCGUUCAGACAGCGACGAUGUGGUUGAAGUAGAGGCUAUCAGACAGAAAAUCACUAACGCGCUCAAGGACUACGCGAUCAUGGAGGAUUUUAUGGACCAGUUUAUUCCUUUGGUGGAGAUGUUCGCGAAGAUCCUAGAACCCAUCUGCAACAGUCUGGAAGAAGCUACAGCUCUGGUCAGGCGUCUCCUAGCGAAUGAAGAAACAGCCAUGGAAAAACUCGAAAAGAUUACGCAAACUGACAGGGAUGAACUCACUUUGCUUUUGGAUAGUAUAAGGCGAUGUGAUACCUACCAAAGUUCCGUAUUGUUCGAGGGCAUUCAAAUGAAGGUUGCUGACAUCAUGGUAUGUCUGUCGAUUACUACACACUCAUGUAUAUAUAUAUAUGUUACCCUUUAA